AUGGGCUCUCAAUUCUCCAACCUGGAGCUCGGCACCGACGCCCCCACUCCCACUCAAGCUCCGCAACCUGAAGCUGCUCUGUUCGACCCGUUCAUCGGCGUGGUCGAGAUCUACCUCUCCGUCCCCUCUGACACGUUCGACACGCUUCAAGGUCUGCUCAGUUGCAUCAGGUACUUCGUCAAGCUCGAGCGGGACUCGAGCAAGGAGAAAGGUAUGGUGGCAAGUGCCUGCGCGACACUCGAGGUGCCGGGGAUGAAGGUUCAUCAUAUCCAGACGCUGGCGGGAAGGCUUCCGGGUUUCCUAUGGUGUGAGGCGCAGCUGAGGUUGCGCGUUGGACGACAGGACGCUCCGCCUGCGUACGACCAUACAGACGAUCGAAGCCGUCGAGAGGAGCUGGUGGACUUGCCGUGGAUUGAGGCCUUGUAUUGA